UGCUUUUGGGCCGCGGCGGGAGCCGGAGUCGCCGCCUCUCGAGUGCGCAGGCGCCUGGCGGUUACCGGUCUCGCCAUGGAGCGGAAAGUGCUUGCGCUCCAGGCCCGAAAGAAAAGGACCAAGGCCAAGAAGGACAAAGCCCAAAGGAAAUCUGAAACUCAGCACCGAGGCUCUGCUCCCCACUCUGAGAGUGAUCCACCAGAACAGGAAGAGGAGAUUCUUGGGUCUGAUGAUGAUGAGCAGGAAGACCCCAAUGAUUAUUGUAAAGGAGGUUACCAUCUUGUGAAAAUCGGAGAUCUAUUCAAUGGGAGAUAUCAUGUGAUCCGAAAGUUGGGCUGGGGACACUUUUCAACAGUGUGGUUAUCAUGGGAUAUUCAGGGAAAGAAGUUUGUAGCCAUGAAAGUAGUUAAAAGUGCUGAACAUUAUACGGAAACAGCACUAGAUGAAAUCCGGUUGCUGAAAUCAGUGAGAAAUUCAGACCCUAAUGAUCCAAAUAAAGAAAUGGUUGUUCAACUGCUAGAUGACUUUAAAAUAUCAGGAGUUAACGGAACACAUAUCUGCAUGGUGUUUGAAGUUUUGGGGCAUCAUCUGCUGAAGUGGAUCAUCAAGUCCAAUUAUCAAGGACUUCCACUGCCUUGUGUCAAAAAAAUCAUUCAGCAAGUGUUACAGGGUCUGGAUUACUUACACAGCAAGUGCCGGAUCAUCCACACUGACAUUAAACCAGAAAACAUCUUGUUGUCGGUGAAUGAACAGUACAUCCGGAGGCUGGCUGCAGAAGCCACAGAAUGGCAGCGGUCUGGAGCUCCUCCACCUUCCGGAUCUGCAGUCAGUACUGCUCCCCAGCCUAAACCAGCUGACAAAAUGUCAAAGAAUAAGAAGAAGAAAUUGAAGAAGAAGCAGAAGCGCCAGGCAGAAUUACUAGAGAAGCGAAUGCAGGAAAUUGAGGAAAUGGAGAAAGAGUCGGGCCCUGGGCAAAAAAGACCAAACAAGCAAGAAGAAUCAGAGAGUCCUGUUGAAAGACCCUUGAAAGAGAACCCACCUAAUAAAAUGACCCAAGAAAAACUUGAAGAGUCAAGUACCGUUGACCAGGAUCAAACACUUGUGGAACGUGGUGUAGAGGGUGGUACAGCAGAAAUUAAUUGCAAUGGAGUAAUUGAAAUCGUUAAUUAUACUGAGGACAGUAAUAAAGAAACACUGAGGCUUAAAGACGACCUACAUAAUGCUAAUGACUCUGAUGUUCAAAAUUUGAAGCAGGAAACUAGUUUCCUAAGCUCCCAAAAUGGUGACAGCAGCACAUCUCAAGAAACAGACUCUGGUACACCUGUAACCUCUGAGGUGUCAGAUACUGUGGUGUGUCAGUCUUUAUCAAAUGUAGACCAGUCACUCAGUGAACAGGACAUCAGUCAACUUCAAGAAAGUAUUCGGGCAGAGAUACCUUGUGAAGAUGAACAAGACCAAGAACAUAAUGGACCACUGGACAGCAAAGGAAAAUCUACUGCUGGAAAUUUUCUUGUUAAUCCCCUCGAGCCAAAGAAUGCAGAGAAGCUCCAAGUGAAGAUUGCUGAUCUUGGAAAUGCCUGUUGGGUGCAUAAACAUUUCACUGAAGAUAUUCAAACAAGGCAAUAUCGCUCCUUGGAAGUUCUGAUAGGAUCGGGCUAUAGUACCCCUGCCGACAUUUGGAGCACGGCAUGCAUGGCCUUUGAACUGGCCACUGGUGACUAUUUGUUUGAGCCUCAUUCAGGGGAAGAGUACACUCGAGAUGAAGACCACAUUGCGCACAUUAUAGAGCUGAUAGGCAGAAUUCCAAGACGCUUUGCCCUCAGUGGGAAAUAUUCACAGGACUUCUUCAAUCGCAGAGAUCACAUUGCACUGAUCAUAGAACUUCUGGGGAAGGUGCCUCGCAAGCUCAUUGUGGCAGGAAAAUAUUCCAAGGAAUUUUUCACCAAAAAAGGUGACCUGAAACACAUCACGAAGCUGAAACCCUGGGGCCUUUUUGAGGUUCUAGUGGAGAAGUAUGAGUGGUCUCAGGAAGAGGCAGCUGGCUUCACGGAUUUCUUACUGCCCAUGUUGGAGCUGAUCCCCGAGAAGAGAGCCACUGCCGCUGACUGUCUCCGGCACCCUUGGCUCAACUCCUAAGCCCCAGCCCAGCUCCGCAGCAGAGACCACACGCCGCCCCUCCGCUUCCCUCCAAGCAUUUCCCUCUUUCCUUUUCAGGUGAAGCUCUUCCUUCAAGGGUUUCUAGAUUUUGGGCGGCUUUUUUUAUUAUUCCAACAUGUUCGUUUGGGUCUGCUUAUUUGACCCUGUGGAGAUUCCCCCACAGCCAUUGGGCAUCCUAGGUGAAUUUGGCCUUGAUUGGGCUUUGCCAAAGACUAAUGGACUAAAAUGUGGAACAGCCUCUCGCCCUGUGCCCUUGUCUUUCCAUUAGGACAUCCUUUAAAUAAUAAGCAGCCUUUUUGAAAAGAGCUAUGAAUAUGUAGGAGCUCAUCCUUUUAUUCACUGACUCUAAGAGUCAAAUUUUCUAGUGCAUAUCCUCUUGCCAGCAUAAGGAUGAGAAGGGGGGAAGGGUUACUCUCUGUACAGCAGAGACAUUAAACUUGCUGUAUCCAGGCUGCACCAUCUUCCUGGAUUGUUUC